AUGAGCAAUGAAGAUGACGCCGAGGAACUUGUCGAUUUCGACCAAGCCGCCUAUCACGUCUACUUUAACUCCGAACCAUAUAACAGAUAUAUCACAAAAUGGGGCUCAAGAGCUGAAUACUCAUACGCUUUUGACUCGCUCUCAUCCGAAAUGCAUCAAUAUUGGAAUGAAAUAAAACAGCCAGAAAGUGAGCGAUUGAAAAAGUUGCAAUUUUGCAAAGAUUUGAAGGAGGCGAUUAAAAGGAAUUGUCCGACGUGGAACUUUGAUGUGGUGCCUACCGGCUCUUCGGUGACAGGUCUCGCCGCGAAAAACAGCGAUCUCGAUAUAACCAUUCAUAUUCCGCAAGCAACUAUGGCGUUUGUCGAGCGUCACGAGCCAAUCGACGUUCGCGCAAAGGAAAAGCACGCAAUCAAUGUCGCUUCGUUCAGCAUUCUUCGAAUCGUUCGCCGAAUUCUUGAGAACGACGAGCAAAUCAAAAAUAAAAUCAUGCGAUCUCGCGAUCAGAACUACAUUCAGCUCGUGCCGGCCAGCAUCCAAAUUCUUUCGCUCGUCACCGCCGACGGCAUCGAAUGCGACAUCGGCGUCGUCAUCGAGGACUUCCUCUCAUCGCUUCACAAUUCCUUCCUUCUCAAUCAUUUCAAUCGAAUCGAGCCGAGAUUCGCGCCAUUGUGCGCCAUCAUCAAAUUGUGGGCCGACAAGACCGAGGUGAGGAAGCCGAAGGAAGGCGGAUUCAAUAGCUACGCGAUUGUUCUGCUCAUCAUUCAUUUUCUGCAAUGCGGCACCUAUCCGCCGAUUCUGCCGCAUUUGCCAAAAGUCUACGAGAAGGACGAGUUUUUCGCGCAAAACGAGCACACAUUUCCAGCGUGUGUCGAUUUCAGCAAACCAUUGCCGAGGGCCCUUCCCGAGGUGACCAAGAACGCAUCGAACAUCGCCCAAUUGUUUUUGCAAUUUUUGAAUUAUUAUGUCGAUUUCAAUUUUCAUAAGAAUUACAUUUCAUUGCCAACGGGCAAAGUUCAAAACAGAAAAGAAUUGGACCCUGAAAAAGCGCGUUUACAUCAUCAGAAGAGCGUGUACAUCGAGGAUCCAUACGACAAUCACAAUCCGGGAAGAACGGUUCGCAAUCUUGCCGCAAUUCGCGAGGCAUUCCGCAGCACACUGGCUCUGUUCGAGCCCGUCGACGACGUAUUCACAUGCCCGACGUUAGAGCAACUUCUGAAUUGCCAGAUAGCUCGAGGCGAAUUGAUAUAUGAUAACGAUGAUAAUUCGGACGAUGAGGAAGUCGAUAAUUUCGAUUUUGAUGAUCCAGUGUACUAA